GACUUUGAAGUUGGGAGGAAGCUGAAGUUAUAAAUUUUGUCUAGACAUUGACCAGAGCAAUUCAGAACUGAAAUCAAUAAAAGUUUUUUGCAUAUCACUACCAAAGUGGACAACGGUGAAAUGGCUUCGAGAAAGGAGUUAUCUAGAACUGCUCAAAUUCGCCUUGUGAGUUCACAUGAGGAGGUUUAUGAACCGUGUGAUGAUUCUUUUGCGCUGGUUGAUGCUCUUCUAGCUGAUCGCACUAACCUUUUGGAACAUCAUCCAGCAUUGUGUAUGGAGAUAGGCUGUGGUAGUGGAUAUGUUCUUACUUCCCUGGCUCUUAUUCUUGGGCAGGAAGGUUGUGUCAUCAACUAUAUUGCAACUGAUAUCAACCCUCAUGCAGUUAAGGUGACCCGCGAGACAUUGGAAGCACAUGGAGUUAAUGCAGAGUUGAUAAUAACGGAUAUUGCGGCAGGACUUGAGGAACGUCUAGCAGGGUCGGUUGAUGUUAUGGUUGUAAACCCUCCUUAUGUGCCUACCCCUGAAGCUGAAGUGGGCGCUGAAGGCAUUACAUCUUCUUGGGCUGGCGGCGAGAAUGGCCGGAGUGUAAUUGAUAGAAUUUUGCCUGUUGCAGACCAUCUUCUGUCAGAAAAGGGAUGGUUAUAUAUGGUCACCCUCACAGCAAACAAUCCUUCUGAGAUAUGCCUUCAAAUGAGAAAGAAGGGGUAUGCUUCUAAGAUUGUUGUCCAAAGAUCAACAGAGGAAGAAAGUCUCCACAUCAUCAAGUUCUGGAGGGAUCUUGACGCCGAAGUAGAUGAAACUACAGACCAAUCUGCUUCUGGGUUCAUAGGCUCCUUGCUUACACAAAUUCCUCUGCUUUCAUUUUUGAAAGGCAACAAUAGCGACAAUAAGAGUUCAAUGAGAAAGUAAUUGAUUGCCUAUGUUUCUGUGAUACCCUGUCUUGGCAACUAUAAUGUUUUAUAUUGCCCUGGCUUUUAGAAUGCUUAUAAAUACAGCCACCAAUUCUUACAUCACUAGGUUGAGUUUGAUAUAUGGAUCAAUUGACACCAUUGAACUUUAUCAAAACCAUUUACAGCUAGGUCUAACUUAUAGAUUUUCCCCAUGAUUUUCUUUGGUCUCUAUCUUUCUAAUCAAACCAUCUUCUAAUUUA